CUUGAAACCAUCACCGACUGUCCUUCACUCAAUCCUACAAACUUCGAGGGUCGGGUAUAGUAGACUGUGUCAUCAUCAUGGACGCGCCAGAAGACGACUUGGACAUCAAGCUACAAAAAAUAUCCAAUGACCUCAUCGCCGAUUUCGACACCUCCCUAGUCCCCUUCCUCAGGAAGCAGAAUGGCUCCGGUGGCACUGUAGUCAGAUCCCGAGUGCGUUCUCGUGAGCUAGAGCGCAUCAUUUCCGGACUCCUUGAUCCUUUCCAAGAACUCCCACAGCUUCUGGAUCCCUGGCUGCCGAAAUGGCUUCCCAUCCUUGCCGAGAACUUCCUCGAGUAUCAGCAAUCUCGCUACCGGAACAAACUGCUUUCAACCCGAUCGGAUCUGUUGACUCCGUUGCCGAGGGCCAUUUGCAAGAUCUUGUACACUUUCUGCAAGAUUCGUGGUGAAAAGGUCAUUGUCCGCUUUCUCAACAACGAGACAAAGUACCUCGAGCUUGUACUCUCCGCCCUUGAGGAGUCAGAAAGACACCAAGACGCACAGCCCUCCUCGACUGAUGCCAGCACCGCCGCCGCUGGUAGCGGUCCGCAGUGGACUUGGGAGGAGAGGUAUAUUGUUCUGUUGUGGCUUUCGCACCUUAUGCUUGCCCCCUUUGAUUUGGCCACCAUCUCAUCAACCGAUAUCGAGCAGGAUGAUCUCGUGCCUAUUCCCGGUUUUCAGUGGCCUCGAGGUCUUCCCGGUAUAACUACUCGCAUUCUGCCUCUGGCCAUCAAGUAUCUUGCCUCCCCGGGCAAGGAGCGCGAUGCCGCAAAAGCACUCUUGGUCCGUGUUUCCAUGCGCAGAGAUAUGCAACAAUUUGGCGUAAUGGAUGCCUUGGUAGCCUGGGCUCUCUCCGCUCUUCGCCCUCAAGAGGGACUUGAGAGAACACCUUACCACUACAUCGGCGUUCUCUCCUUCCUGUCCGGCGUUCUUAUCUCGUCAAUCGAUACCUCCGACAUGGACAAAUAUCUGCUGACUUUGUUUCAAGAGGUCCAUGGGGCUGCCACUGAUCAAAAUGCUGCCGGUUCAGUCAUGUCAUCGGCACUGGCUCGCAAGACAAUGAUCAAAGUGAUUCGGUCACUCGCGGUUUCCAUCUUGCGCAUGUCCAGGCAAGAUAUGUCGAGCAUGGAGAUUAUUGAAACCACCAUUGGUUUCUUGCUCGAAAAUCUUGCAGACAAUGAUACGCCAGUCCGGUUCGCUGCUAGCAAAGCUCUUAGUGUCAUCACCUUGAAGCUUGAUCCUGACAUGGCCUCAGAAGUUGUCGAGGCCGUGAUUGACUCGUUGAACAAAAAUGUUCUAUGGGUCAAGGACCCCAAGGAUACAAACGCACCGCCAGUCAUGGACAUUGGCGCCGUUGAUCCUCUCGAGUGGCAUGGGCUGAUGCUCACUCUAUCCCACCUUCUAUACAGACGUUCACCCCCGGCAGAAAAUCUCAAUGGCAUCAUCAAUGCCCUUUUGACUGGGCUUUCGUUCGAAAGGCGAGGAACUUCUGGCGGAUCUAUCGGCACCAAUGUUCGAGAUGCGGCGUGCUUCGGCAUAUGGGCACUCGCACGUAGGUAUAGUACAAAGGAACUGCUUGCAGUCCCCACCAGCUCUACGAUAUCAGCCAGAUUCUACAACCAACAGGCCUCUAUGCUCCAAAUUCUGGCUACGGAACUCGUGGUGGCUGCAUGCCUGGAUCCAUCAGGAAACAUCAGACGUGGUUCUUCUGCCGCCUUGCAGGAACUGAUUGGCCGUCAUCCUGAUACGGUUGAGAAGGGAAUUUGGGUGGUUCAAACAGUUGACUACCACGCUGUAGCUCGGAGAUCCAGAGCUCUCCAGGAGGUCGCCCUGAAUGUCACCAAAUUAUCGAGUCAGUAUGGUGAGGCCAUUUUGCACGCUCUCCUCGGCUGGAGGGGCAUCGGCGAUUUCGACGUCAUGGCAAGAAGAGCAGCAGGAGCGUCCUUUGGUACCAUUGCUUCAGAGCUUGCCGUGGGCGUCCCUGAUCCGGCUGCAAGGCUCACGCACUUCAUGACCAUGGUCCUUGACCGGAUCAAGUCACUGCAAGUACGGCAAGUGGAGGAAAGACACGGGCUACUUAUGAGCUUUGCGUCCUUGCUCGACACAUUCCCGAAUACUGCAAGCGCGUCUCAAGACGCAGGAAGCACCACUUCCCACGACUCUAUCCCGAACUUCAUUUCCAAUUCUCUUGCGGGGUUAACAGAAAUCUUGACAGAUGCCAACAUCACAACAUACCGUAAACCGGAAUUGAUCGCCGAGGGAGCGAGUUCUUUGAUCAUAUCCUCCUUCCCGGUCUUGCAGUCAUCUGUACUGACUAGUAAUGGUGCUACGCUAAGGUCGCCCGAAAAGAUAUUGCUGCCUGGACGAGCCCUCUUUGCAAAAAGUGGCACUGAGAUUUCCAGCCUGAUUGCGAAGAUGACACCUAGACCUGAACAGGUCAGAAGUAUUGCAGGACUUGCCAAAGCUAACCUGGAAAAAUGGCUUGUCCGUCCCGAGCAGGAAAUCAUAUAUGUAGCUUCUGAAGCUGCGCUAGUCCUGCUCAUAUUCUGUGAAGAUACUGACCGUGAGAGCGUCGUACGCGAAUGGGCUGAUGCUGUUCGUUAUCGUCCAUCUGGCCGAGCAACUACCGCCUCGGGAUAUUUCGCUGCGCUCGCCAUGUCCUACUCCGUACUUGCGACUCUGAAGGUCGCUGAGCAGGACAGAAGCUUGAUGUGCAGCGCCUUUGUCGAGCGUUGGAAGAGUGAUAAUGACAUUGAAACCCGAGUUUCUAUACUUUCUAGUCUAACUCAGAGUGAUAUAUUGCGAGAAAAUGUUGACACAUUUCUCGAGCUGAUCGCCGCUGGCUUGGAUGACUACACCACCAACGCACGGGGUGACGUCGGGUCUCUAGUCCGCUUGCAGGCUAUCAAAGCAACAAAGUUCCUCUGGGAGAGACUCGAUCGACUUCCCACAAACGAGGCUGUCCGGGUUGUUUCAGCGUUGUUCUUGCGCAUUCUGCGUCUUGCAGCCGAGAAGUUGGACAAAGUAAGAGCUGAAGCGCAGACUGCUCUAGCUCUAGCUCUUAAAGCGAAUUGCUCUGCUAGGGUUCGCGAAUCAACUUUCUCUUCCAGAGCCUACUUCGGCUUCUUGCUUAAUCUGUUAUUCGAAGACACCUUACAGCCCAGUAUAUCAGACACUCUUAAAGCUGACCCAGAUGUUUGGAUGGAGGAGCUCCUGGCCGGACUUGUCUCAUCCGCCGACACCGGAAACGAAGAGCUUGUCAUUGCAACUAGAGCUGCCCUAUGCGACUUUUGCCAACAGUCGAAGGAGAAGACAGACGCUGUGUGCACUGCACUCCUUCGCAAUCUUAAGAGCAGGCAAGGCCAGGACCGCGUGCUAGUCCCGACAUUGGAGAUCACUGCUUUCCUGCUCCAUGUGGGCAUCUUUCAAACAUGUGACCAGAUCAAUUAUAAGAGUCUAUGCCUACAGGCCCAGAAAGCUUGCUAUAAGACAGGUAACGUUCGCAAGAUCGAGGCCUGCAUCAGGGUUUACGGCGCCGUCGCUGCGCUCGGUCGGUCCCACGGCUCUGAACAGGCAUCUGUGGACGGUAGAGAUGAACAGCGGAAACAAGAGGGCAUCACGGACGCUCGUAAGAGACUCGGUGCCCUCAUGAUGCAUCCAUGGCCACGUAUCAGGAGCUUUGUGGUCGAUGAGCUCUGGGGACUAACCUCGAUCAGCCUCAAUGACCCAGCAGCACAGAAGUUGAAGGGCGUUGAUUGGGGUCAGGCUGAAAAGGGGUCUGUAAAAUCGCUGAUUGAAGCUCUCGAGUUGGGCAGCUAGACCGCCUCUUUCGCUCAUGUAGGCAGCAAGCAUGGAACAUCCGGAGGAGAAAAGUCCGCGCCACUGAUGAGUCGAGCUUUUUGUGAUUCCAACCAACCACGGUCGAGAAACCGCUCCCGCCGCUCCAUCCAGAUGCGUCCAUUGACAUUUGUCUAGCAACAGCGAUAGCAGCAGCGCCGGUGAUGGGCUGUCGUUGGAGCACAGGCCUGUACCAUAAUUCAUUGCACGGGCAUACUGGGUGCGCUGCGUGUGUUGGGAAUACUGCCCUGGCGAGAUGCGACCAUGUCCAAGGCACAAAACACGCCGUCAGUCUUGUCGCUGCUUGGGCCUGCUUACAACUGUCGAUUCAGCAAUUAUUUUUCAGAGAAAGGGGAUAACAAAUCUUUCAAGAGAAAUUCACGUAAGCGAACAACAAUCGCCACGUGUACAGGCAGCACGUUGUUGAUCAUCUGAAAGUUAGGAUGAAAUGAGAGUGAAGUGAAGGACAACGGCUCACCCGGAGAUCAAGGCUACUUUACCCGAAAACGCCACAAGUUCACCUGCCUAUCGUGACAUUUCAAAAGUGUUUUGCGUGGAGAACCAAACUGUAUGCUGUCCAACUUCCUUUGCAUACCAUUCCCACGAAGCCCCUCUUACACCCCGGGUUCCGUGAGCAAGAGCAAGUCUCGAUGUCGGUCGGCUUGCGACCUGCCAAUUAAUAGCUGCCCUAUGCUGUGCGCGCCCGUACUCGCAUAUGUAUUAUGUAGUCUGGCGAAGUCAUCUGCUCUUUCCGACUCUGCCAGGGCGGGAACAGGUGGGAGAAGCAUUGGGGAUUCAAGUACGUUGCCUUACAGCUACCGAAACAUCAUCUUGUCGGGGGUCGGUUCGCUACCUCAAGACCGAAAUCGCAAACCGUUGCCCGUCGUUGGGCAUCGCUGGCCUGGGCCGUAACAAGGCAAAAAGCCAGCCACUCCGUCCGUAACCUUUGACAAGAGAGCACACGCCAUUGCUUUGGGGCUUUCACACUGUACAGUAACAUACCUCCAAGCAAGACUCCUCGCAGGGCUGUUAUGCGCCAGAUAUGAUGGCUACUGUACUUCCUGGUCUGCUCGGGAGACAUUCCAACCAAGAGGUUGUU